AUGAACGACUAUCCUGGACCACGCAGCUCUGCAAAGCCUGGAGAUGUUGAACCUAUACCCUACAUGCCCGUGCCAUCCAUGGCACGAGAAUUGGGCAUUAUGUUCGGCUUCAUAGCUCUGUCGCUUGUGACAAUGCUGCUCUACUCAUAUUUCUGGCAGGCUGCCCAAAAGCGCAUCAAUGCAAAAGAAGCCAACCGUCGCGAGGCCCUUGCCGUUCAAGAACGCCUCCGGAGAGCGGAGAAAGAACAGCAGCAGGGCCUGGAAGGUGGUGACGGUUAUGACGAGAUUGGUCGAGGGACGGAACUGUCUGUUUCGGGAGCCGUUGGUGAGAGACCAGAUCGGUCGACCCGAAACGGCACGAGUGAGAAUGGGUUUGGGUUUGGGGAUACGACGGAAGGGUUGAUUGUUUAA